AUGGUGAAAGUAACUUUACGGGCGCAGCUAGUAGGAGGGCUUUAUGGAGCAGAAAAACGACAAAGCGAGAAAAAUUAUUUUCCACUCCAGAAAUUAAUGAUCAUGAGCUCUUAUUUGAUGGACUCUAACUACAUCGAUCCGAAAUUUCCUCCAUGCGAGGAAUAUUCGCAAAAUAAUUAUAUCCCAGAUCAUAGUCCGGAAUAUUAUAACCGGACAAGGGAGUCAAGCUAUCAACAUCACCACCCGGAGCUGUACCCAGUACCAAGACCCUCUUUUCCCGAUCGCCCAUUCAGCUGUGGGGGGCUCCAAGCUCCUGGAAACGCUGCGGCUCUCCAAAGGGGACACGGCCAAACUCCAGGAGGUCAACACCUCUCAGAGAAAACACAGCAGCUUUGCGAGCAGGCUGCUCUAUCCACCUCCUCCACCACUCCUUCCCCAGCCCCUGCAGCCUGCAACCAGCCAAACCCAGACCAUCCCACCAGCACAGCUUCCAAACAACCCAUAGUCUAUCCCUGGAUGAAAAAAAUCCACGUCAGUACNNNGAAUCCCAAUUACAAUGGAGGCGAACCCAAGCGAUCCAGGACAGCCUACACGAGACAACAAGUUUUGGAGCUGGAGAAAGAAUUUCACUAUAACAGGUACCUGACCAGGAGACGCCGCAUCGAGAUCGCUCAUUCCCUUUGCCUCUCCGAACGACAGAUCAAAAUCUGGUUUCAGAACAGGAGGAUGAAAUGGAAAAAAGACCACAGGCUGCCAAACACCAAAGUCAGAGCAGCUCCAACCGUUCCAGGAGCUUCUACAGCUCCUUCAACCUCUCUGAGCUCCAAUUCGGCUGAAGAAAUUCCCUCCGCGGUCACUCAGGACCAGCGCUCGGAGGAUAUCACCAGGUUAUAA